AUGACUGGACGUGGCAAGGGUGGCAAGGGCCUGGGCAAGGGCGGCGCCAAGCGUCACCGCAAGAUUUUGAAGGACAACAUCCAGGGCAUCACCAAGCCUGCUAUCCGUCGUCUCGCGCGUCGUGGUGGUGUCAAGCGUAUCUCAGCCAUGAUCUACGAGGAGACCCGCGGGGUUCUCAAGACCUUCCUCGAGGGUGUCAUCCGUGAUGCCGUCACCUACACUGAGCACGCCAAGCGCAAGACCGUGACCUCGCUAGACGUCGUCUACGCCCUCAAGCGCCAGGGCCGUACCCUCUACGGUUUCGGUGGUUAA